UAAAAAACGGGCUAAUAGCCAAAGACUGCUAAGCUAUUAUAGAAUUAGAUUAGAUAAAAGUUUUCGAGAAGAUCUGUACUACCGUUUAGUUUUAUUUUGGCUGAGCAUCUGAAGGUAUUCGGUAGUAGAUUCACUUCACGAAUUGAUUUCUUCACAAAAAAAAAUCGACUUUGAAGAGGACUCUCCUCGGAAAUAACCACGGUAAUAAGAGAUCAAAUACCGUGUCACAAUGGAGGCCAUAAAGAAAAAGAUUGCAGCAUUAAAGCAAGAGAUGGAUGCUGCGAAUGAAAAAGUUGAAGCCAAUGAAACCAAAGCUAAACAAGAAGAUUUUCGCGCAGAUUUAUUAUUUGAUGAAGCCAGAUCUCUUGCACAAAAGCUUAUAACAAUUGAACGUGAUUAUGAAGUUGCUAAAGUUAAUCUUGAAACAACAACAGCAGCUUUAGAAACUUGUGAAAAAGCAUAUACUAAGGCUGAACAAGAUCGAACCGUUUUAACAAAAAGAGUUCAAGAAAUUGAGGUAAGUCUUACGAAGAAGGAAGAAUUACGUCUUCUGGCAGCAGCAAAAUUAGUACGUGCUACUGAACUUGCCGAUGAUGCUCAGAGAAUGUGUAAUGUAUUGGAAGAUCGAAAUCGAAUAGUUCAAGAACAUAUGGCAAAACUUACUGAAGAACUGAAAGAUGCAAGAUUAAUUGCUGAAGACGCCGACGCAAAAUCUGAAGAAAUUGCUGAAAAGCUGUCACUUGUUGAAGAAGAACUUGAAAAUGCUGAAGAAAGAGUGAAAAACAGCGAAGCAAAAAUUAUUGAACGAGAGGAUGAAUUAUUCAUUGUUCAAAAUAUAUUUAAAUCUUUAGAAGUAUCAGAAAAAAAGGCUAAUCAACGAGUAGCUGAUUCUAAAAUCCAAGUAAAAGAAUUAAAAGCCGCCCUUAAAGCCGCUGAAAAGCGUGCUAUCCAAGCUGAAAAAACUGUAAGAGCAUUGCAGAAAGAAGUUGAUCGAAAAGAAGAUGAACUAAGAGAAGAAAAAGAAAAGUGCAAAGCUAUAAUUGAUGAUAUGGAUUUAACGUUUGCUGAAAUGACAGGAUAUUAAGGUCAA